AUGGAGGACAAACGAGAUGAUGGAUCAAUGUCGAAAGCUUGCUCUUACCACAACUACUUGCGCCUUGUUGACCCGAGAAUACAACAAUCAGUGGAGGCAUCAGCACCACCAAUCCAACGUGCGGAGCGGCCAGUAGCACCAAUUUUCCCCACCAUGACAGUGACAGCAGAGCCUUCUCGGGUCCAAGCCGCAUGGAAGCAGGCCAACGCUCUCCACAGUGCUGAAGGUUCGCCAAAACCCCCACGGAGAGUCUCGACAUACUCGGCUGCUCAGGUUGAGCCAGUUGUUCGUCGUCCCCGGAGGGUCUCAACCGAGCCUACUCAUGCGCGUCAUGAGAAGAACAAAGCCAAAGCCAAGUCCGAUUCCGACCACAGCGAUGUGGAAUUCUUUCGGAAGCGCAAGAUUACGCGUCGUGGCACUGGCGGCAUUGCCAAGCAGGGGUCGGAUGCUCAAGCAACGGUUGAGGACAUACAUCUGAAAGUGCCACUAAUUAUGGACGAUGUGUAUGAGUCCGAGGCCGAGAUGGAUCACCUGGAUGAUUACUAUGGUUCGAAAAGUCAUGGCAAGUCAGGUGAAGAGCAGUCUGCUCCGGCACGAAGGGGACAAUUGCCGACCUCUCGUGCCCGACCAGGCGGUUCGUCUUCGGACGAGGACCGUGGUGGUCACCAUGCCGGGCAGCGAGAGGUUUAUGACAGUGACCUUGAAUCGGUCGUAUCGGAUGUUGGCAAAGCCGCGCAUGCCAAAAAGAUGAGGAGAUAUCGGUCCUUGGCAAAGGGGAAAUGGGAGAUGAUGCUACUAGACUUUAUCGUAAACACAGACAGCAUACCUGCAAAAUAUGGCAACAUACACGUCGAUCCAAAGAUCACCGCUCAGCUGGAGCGCGCAACCAAACUUUCCCUCUGCCGCCCCAAGGCUUUCAGCACAGGCAUCCUGGCCGCCAACAAAACCACCGGUGCGAUCCUUUUUGGGCCUCCUGGUACAGGGAAAAGUCUGCUCGCCAAAGCGACAGCGCGCGAGUCUGGCUUCAAUAUGAUUUGUGCCUCGACGGCCGAGAUCUUCCAAAAGUGUCAUGGCGAUGACGAAAAGGUAAUACAGGCGCUAUUCUCUCUGGCACGCAAGCUUCAUCCAUGCAUCAUCUUCAUCGACGAGGCCGAUGCGAUGCUGGGGAACCGCAAGGCAGGCGAGAGGCGCCAUAUUCGUGCCAUGCUCAACCAGUUCCUCAUGGAAUGGGACGGACUUAUGAGCGGCCUCGAUUCGCCCUUUGUCCUGCUCGCCACCAACAGGCCAACCGAUCUCGACCCGGCCGUCCUGCGGCGAGCACCUGAGCGCAUCCACCUGGAUCUCCCAAGCUUGGCACAACGUAGCGGUAUCCUGCAACUACUUCUGACGGGCGAAAGGCUUGCUCCGGACGUUACGAUAGAGAAGCUUGCAAAAAUGACUACGCACUAUAGCGGCUCCGAUCUGAAGAACAUGUGCGUGGCGGCGGCCAGGCAGUGCAUAUGGGAGCAGGAAGAAGACACGACGGACCGGACACUAACGCUGAACCACUUUCACACUGCAUUGGUCACCGUCAAGGCUACGGGGUUGAGCAGGGUCGUGGAGAACGAGUUUAAUAUCUUUAAAAACGGCGCUGGUUCCGGGGCGGUUCGGGCGACGGGCGACGAUGAGUGA